CAGCGUUCUUCUUAUACUGGAAGUAGUUACUUCUGACCUUGGCCCCCCGUCCCAUCCCCUGGCUUCUGAUUACAAGGCUUUUCGAUUCGUAGGGCUUCUUUACCCUACUUUACCCACCUCAGGCAUAGAACCCGCCACGCUCCAGUCCAUACCCGGGCCCUUGACAACCAUGCUCUCCAGAAUCCUCAUUGGGGUGGUCGUCGCCGUGGUUGUCUACCACUCCGUGAAGCGAAUCUACAACACGAUCCGGUACUCUCUCGCCCGCAAGAGACAUGGCUGCCCCAAGAUCCCCCACUACAAGCACCUCGAGCCCAUCUUCGGUCUCGACUUUGUCCGUUCCAUGAUCAAGGCGCUCAAGGAGGACCGGUUCCUGCAGUUCCAGAAAGACCUGUUCGCCUCGCAGGGGUGCAAGGCCUUCACGGCCACCUUCAUGGGCCAGCGCAUGGUCUACACGAGCGAGAGCGAGAACAUGAAGGCCAUGUCGGUCGCGCCGCGGUGGCAACAAUUCGGGGUCCAGCCCAUCCGCCUCGGCAACAAGGCGGCCACCCCCUUUACUCAGCACGGCGUCACUACGACGGAUGGCCAGUUGUGGCAAUACAGCAGGAACUUGAUCAAGCCAUACUUUGACCGUUCCGGGUAUUCGGAUCUCGCACGGUUGGAGGCGCAUGUUGAUGGUUUGAUCGAUCUCUUUCCCAAGGACGGAUCCUCGUUCGACAUCCAGCCCAUGGUUAAACGAUGGUUCCUGGACACAUCCACCGAGUUCCUCUUUGGCAAGUCCGUCCGCUCCCUCGGCGAACCCGACGAGGCAGAGAUGGCGUGGGCCAUGAUGAUAGUGCAGCAGGGCAUACGUCUACGUCUGCAGCUGGGAAAGCUCGUCGCGUUCCACCACGAUCGGAAAUGGUUGGACCAGAUCGCCGUCGUCCACCGCUUCAUCGACGCGCAUAUCGACCGGACCUUGGCCGAGAUCAAGAAGUGCGAGGAAUCCGGCAUCCCCUCCGACCGGACCGACCUGCUCUGGACCAUGGCCAACCAGCUGCGGGACAAGCUGGCCCUACGCUCCCAGAUCAUCGGCGUCUGGGUCCCGUCCAAUGAUACGACCUCUAUUCUCAUCAGCAAUGCAUUCUAUGUGUUGGCUCGCCACCCUCAUGUUGUCACGAAGCUGCGCGAGGAGAUGCUGGAACAUGCACCGCCGGGAAAACCCAUUACCUGGGAGUUGUUGAGGUCACUCUGUUAUUUGCGUUAUGUGAUAAACGAGACCCACCGUCUCUACCCAAACGGCAUCCAGAUGGUGCGCGUCGCCCUCGAGGACACCACGCUGCCCGUGGGCGGCGGCCCGGCCGGCGACCGGCCCAUCUUCGUCCAGAAGGGCGACAUCGUCCACGCCAACCGCUACCUGAUGCACCGCGACCCGGACAUCUGGGGCGCCGACGCCGAGGUCUUCCGGCCCGAGCGCUGGGCGGUGGAGCGGCCGCUGUGGCGGUUCGUGCCCUUCGGCGGCGGCCCGCGCAUCUGCCCGGCCCACGUGCUCGUCGACACGGAGGCGAGCUACGUGCUGCUGCGCGUCUUGCAGCAGUUCCGGGAGGUUAUCCCGCGCGAUGACAGGCCGUAUACGCCGGUUAUGCGGAUCGGGCCGUCGAGCAAGUAUGGUGUUAAUAUCAGUCUCGUGCCGGCGUAGGUGGUCAAAGCUGGUGUGGUGGAGGAGACAUGAGUCGAUGUGUUAAGUUUUAAGGGGGUUACGAUCGACUAUUAGGUACCUUAUACUAGGACGAGUUUGAGCAUUCCGCAAUCCAACG